AUGAUCCGCCGUGCGCGCGCGCGGCAAUGCAAGCGAAUCGGCGCCAGAUUUUGCAAGCUGAGAGGGGUAUCGGCGGGAUUUUGCAAGGCUGGCAGGGAUUUCGAUGUCGCCGCCUUGAUCUCGGCCUUGAAGGAUUCCAGGGACCUGCGGAGCUGCAAGAGGCAUCACAUUGAUGCGGUUGAGAAGGGUCUUUGCUCCAACAUCCUCGUCGCCAACACGCUGAUUCGAGUGUACGCCAGGUGUGGGAGCUUGGCCGAUGCUCGCAGCGUUUUCGAGUCACUGGAAGUCCCGGAUGUGGUGUCCUGGAAUGCGCUACUUCAGGGAUACGUCGAGAAUGGGGAGAGCCGGCAAGCUCUGGUAUUGCUUGGAAGAAUGGAACAGGAGGGGUGUCUUCCAGAUGGUAGAACUUUCGUCACAGCUCUCAAGGCUUGCUCGAGUCUAGCAACCAAAGAAGGAAAUGCGAAGAAGGUGGAGUACGUGAAGGUGGCCAAGGUUUGCCACUGUGAGGCCAUAGAUUCGAGGCAACUAGACAUCUUUGUGGCGAACACAUUGGUUGAUACUUUAGCCAAGUGUGGGAGAUUGGAGGAUGCUCGUUUGGUUUUCGAGAUGAUGCCAAGUCAUGACGUUGUUUCUUGGACAGCUUUGGUGCUCGGACAUGUCGACAACGAACAGUGUGAGACCGCUUUGGAGCUGUUUGAACUUAUGCACUCGAGGGGCUGCAUUGGGAAUGCCCGGACUUUCUCCUCGGCUCUGACGGGGUGUUCUAGACUGGCAGAUAAGGAAGAAGCUAAGCUAGUCGACGGGUCUCUUGUGAAGGCCGAAAGUCUUGCAGUUGGGAUGGCGAUUCACUCACGAGCAUCAAGCAGUGGCUGUGACUCAGACGUUUUCGUUGGGAACACUUUGCUCGACAUGUACGUCAAGUGUGGCAGCAUGAUUAGAGCUCGGCGGGUUUUCGAUGGGAUGAAGCUUCAUGAUGUGGUAUCGUGGACUACGCUGACACAGGGAUAUGCCGAGAACGGUGAGCCAGUGGUGGCUUUACAGCUCUACGCUCGCAUGAAGCUGGCAGGAUGUAAACCGGAUUCCAGGUGCUACGUCGCCGCGCUUUUGGCUUGCUCGAGUUUGGCAGCGGCUGAAAAACUCCGGGAGUCCAGUGGGAGCUUGGUGACGCUCGAGUGCUUGGACAAAACCAGGAUGGUCUACCAGGAAGCUGUAAGCAGUGGAUUCGGGCAGGAUAUCUACGUCAACACGGCAGCAGUUCGUGCAUAUUCAAAGUGUGGGAGCAGCGGUGGUGCUCGACUGAUAUUCGACAACGUGGCACACCGGGACACUUUCCUGUGGAACGCAAUGCUUCUGGGACAUGUUGAAAACGGGGAAAGCGACUCAGCACUUGGACUGUUUGCAGUAAUGCAAGAACAGGGUCACAAAGGAGAUCCUCGGACUCUCAGUGCGGUAUUGACGGCUUGUGCAAACUUGGGAGUCAAAGCAGAGAAAGCAGAACCAUUAUUAUCAGAUGGAAUGAAGGCCAAGUAUCUGGAACAGGGGAUGGCUUUACACUUCGAAGCAUCAAACUCGGGGUUUGACAAGUCGGACAUAUUCGUGGGGAACGCUCUGGUUGACAUGUACGCAAAGUGUGGGAGCCUGGAGCGUGCCACGGAGGUUUUCCGCAGCAUGCCGCGCAGGGACGUGGUGUCGUGGACUUCCAUGAUUCUGGGAUACGCCGGGAAUGGCAGAGCAGCGCUAGCCUUAGAGCUGUUCUUCUCCGGCAUGGACGUCGCGGCAAACGCUAGAACUUACGUGGCUGCGCUUGUGGCUUGCGGCGACUUGGUGGCACUGGAAAGUGGGAAGCGCGUCGAGGCUCGAGUUUACAGGAGUGGAGUGGAGAGCGAUCCGGUGGUGGCAACCGCGCUGGUGGAUUUUUACGGGAACUGUGGAGACAUGGCUGCUGGGCGGCGAGUUUUUGACUGGAGCUCGCCAAGGGACGUGAAGCAGUGGAACGCAGUGAUCGGGGGCUACUCUCGAUCCGGAGAGAUCGACCAGGCAUUGUCGCUGUUCCAGAGGACGAGGGACGAGAGCUUGCGAGCUGACGCCAUCACUUUCUUCUCCAUUCUCUCGGCUUGCAGCCACGCCGGAGAGAUCGACAGGGGGCGGGAGUGUUUCCAGGCCAUGGCCGAGUUUGGCAUCGCCCCGAGCGUCCAGCACUACUCGUGCCUGAUCGAUCUGUUUGGCCGAGCCUCGAGACUGCGCGAAGCAGUGGAGCUUCUCGAGGCUAUGCCCCUCCUCAAGGCCGAUCGUGUUGCGCGGAUGACGGUCUUGAGCGCGUGCCAGCGCUGGAAAGACGCUGGAACAGGAAAGAAUGUGUUUGAUUCUCUGUUGGAACCCGAUGAUAAAUGUAACAGUGCUCAAGCAUUGGCGUUCAUGGCAAACGCAAAUUCGUAG